AACCGUGUGCGUGCGUGUGCGUGCGUGGACGCGUGCAUGACGCCAGAGAAAUGCAGAGUGAGCCACGCAGAACACUACCAUAAUAGGCACAAGCUACCACGCGCACAGGCGAAGCCGCUUGUUAAGCUACACUUACUGAAAGGAGGGCUUUGUAACUUCACUGUCAACGAGACUAAAAUGGGAGGCAAGCUCAGCAAAAAGAAGAAGGGAUACAAUGUAAACGAUGAGAAGGACAAGGAGGCCAAACCAGAGGGUGCAACAUCCGAGGAGAGCGAACCUCAGAACGACAAAAAGGACGAGGCCCCUGCUCCCGCCGAGACCACCGCGAUAGCUAACGACACAAAGGAUGUGCCCGCAGCCGAUACCACGGUGACCAAGGAGGAAGAAAAGGGCGCCUCCCCUCCCGCCAAGGAGCCGGAAAAACCUGCAGCAGAGCCCAAAGCGGAGGUGUCUAAGGCUGCGGAAGUCACCGACCCUGCCCCCAUAGCCAAGGAGAAACCAGCCGCCCCUGCGAAAGAGCCAGCCCCCUCCACUAAGGAAGCCGCCCAAGCUCCAGAGGUCAAGGCCCAGGCGCCUGCACCACCCGCAGCCCAGGCUGAAAGCAAAGACGAGGCCGACGCUAAAAAGACUGAGGCCCCCGCAGUACCAGCGGCUAAAGCCGAGGCGGCCCCUGUUGCCGCUGCCCCCCAGGCCAAGCCCACAGAAGCAGCAGCGGCGGUCCCGGCCAAGGAGGCCCCAGCUGCUGGUUCAACAGCAGCACCACUGGCUGCCACUGAGCCCGCUGCCCUGGUCAAGGAGGCCAAUGCCACAGAGGCCCCAGUUCCAAGCAAGGAUCAAACCGUAGAAGUUCAAGAUUAAUGGACACCUCUUUUAAGAAAAUACAUUACAUUAAACAACAAAAAUGAAGUAAAAUAGAGAAAUGUAAUAAAAUAUUAAUAUUAAAAUAAUAAUGAUUUGUUGGAGGAGGAUGAUUGUGACAACAACCUGGAGAAGGAUGAUGCUGCUGCCGAUUUAUUAUUGUUAUGGUUAUUCUAUUUUUUUUCUGCUGUAGUAUUUGAACUUUAAUAAAAGUCUGUGUCAGCCAUAUGCCCCUCCAUUCCAAGCAUCAUUCCUCCAUCCAUUUCUGGGAUUCAGCAUUCUCCGCCUUCAUCUCUCUCACAGUCCUCUCAGAGACCUCUGUAGUCUGGGGACCAUACACGUACAUUUCCCCUAGACAGUGUGCUGCCGAUGUCUGAAAAGGGGGUUGAAUCUAUUUACUAGCUGGACAUGCACUCUGUCUGUCCCAUCCUCGACUCACCCCCUCCCCCAUUCCCCAAACUCUCUCCUCUCCAGAGUGCCGUGUUCUCUGCUACCGUACCUGGCACGUCUGUUUUUUAGCGCCACGUGAGUUCCCUUUGCUGUUCCCGUAGUCGGCAACUUAUUUGGUAUUUUUGGGUUGUUCGUGCUGUAUAUGGUCACUCGGUUUCUUGUCGCCUGUUUCACCACAGGUUCACCACCUCGUUCAGACGCUGUCAGAGUUGAGAGGAAAUUCUGCGACUUUCCUAGAGGUACAAUAUGUCGACGCAUUCUUAGGGAUAUGAAAAUAACCUAAAGUUUUUUUUUUUUCUUGUUUUGUGUGUGUUUUUUUUUUACAACAUUCUUAUACCUUAGUUUUUCUAAGAAAAACAUUAGUUGUUGAUGAUCAGGCCAGUUUGAAGCAUUUCUUAAAUGUUCCUAGAAAUCCUGAAAAGCUUUGUAGAUUUUUCUCGACGUUCCAGCUCUGAAUUCGCAGACAUUGGGAAUUCUCAGUUCAUUUGGGCCACUCUGACUGCAGCAGAGACUCUCCCCCCCCACUGUCUUAUUUCAAUUGAAAAAUAAGACCUAUCUACUGCGUUUAAAUCACUAACUCAAUGGCUCUCAGCCUAUAUCACAAAGGUGCAAUACAUUUUACACCCUAAAAAGGGAUUGUGCCCAGCUGACAACAGUAGUAGUGUUGUCUGGGGAUGAGAGUUCUAAAUGAAUGAUACUGCAUGAGGCAUCUACAGCCUACUCAGGCUGCCAUGGUCCCUGUAACCAUGGCUACCAUGUGACAUGUUCGAGUAGUAAGAUGGAAGAAACCCGCACAAGGAAGGGAGCCUCUAAUCUUGUCAUCUCCACCCACCAUGCAUUUUUACUCUUUCUGCUCAUAUAUGUUACAUAUAUGUAGGUAUACAGUACCAGUCAAAGGUUUGGACACACUCAUUCAAGGGUUUCUCUUUAUUUUUUACUAUUUUCUACAUUGUAGAAUAAUAAGGAAGACAUCAACACUAUGAAAUAGCACACAUGGAAUCGUGUAGUAAACAAAAAAUUGUUUAAAAAAAAAUGUGGAAUAUAUUUUAUAUUCUUCAAAUAGCCACCCUGCCUUCAUGACAGCUUUGCACACUCUUGGCAUUCUCUCAACCAGCUUCACCUGGAAUGCUUUUCCAACAGUCUUGAUUUGUGGAGGCCAAGUCAUCUGAUGCAGCACUCCAUCACUAUCCUUCAUGGUCAAAUAGCUGUUGCACAGCCUGGAGGUGUGUUGUCAUUGUCCUGUUGAAAAGCAAAUGAUAGUCCCACUAAGCGCAAACGCCAUGCUGGUUAAGUGUGCCUUUUAAUUCUAAAUAAAUCACUGACGGUGUCACCAGCAAAGCACCCCCACACCAUAACACCUCCUCCUCCAUGCUUCACAGUGGGAACCACACAUGCGGAGCUCAUCAGUUCACCUACUCUGCGUCUCACAAAGACACGGCAGUUGGAACCAAAAAUCUCACAUUUGGACUCAUCAGACCAAAGGACAGAUUUCCACCGGUCUAAUGUCCAUUGCUCGUGUUUCUUGGCCCAAGCAAGUUUAUUCUUAUUGGUGUCCUUUUAGUAGUGGUUUCUUUGCAUCAAUUCAACCAUGAAGGCAUGACUCACGCAGUCUCAUCCGAACAGUUGAUGUUGAGAUGUCUGUUACUUGAACUCUGAAGCAUUUGGGCUGCAUUUUCUGAGACUGGUCACUCUAAUGAACUUAUCCUCUGCAGCAGAGGUAACUGGGUCUUCCUUUCGUGUGGCGGUCCUCAUGAGAGCCAGUUUCAUCAUAGCGCUUGAUGGUUUUUGCAAUUGCACUUAACUUUCAAAGUUCUUACAUUUUCCAGAUUAAGAAGGAAAGAAUUGCCACAAAUAAACUUUUAACAAGACACCUGUUAAUUGAAAUGUAUUCCAGGUGACUACAUCAUGAAGCUGGUUGAGAGAAUGCCAAGAGUGUGCAAAGCUGUCAAGGCAAAGGGUGACUACUUUGAGAAUCUCAAAUAUAUAUAUAUAUGAUUUGUUUAACACUUUUUUUGCUUACUACAUGAUUCCAUAUGUGUUAUUUCAUUGUUGUGAUGUCGUCGCUGUAGUUCUACAAUGUAGAAUAUGGUAUAAAUAAAGAAAAACCCUUGAAUGAGUAGGUGUGUCCCAAACUUUUGACUGGUGCUUUAUAUGUAGAUGUAUUCACUUCAUUCAUUCAUUGAGACCUUUUCGGUCAGUUUCUCCCAGUUGACGCACAACAUUUUUAUUUUUGCCCAACAAUGUAGAAACGUUGCGAGAAUGUUGUGUGUCACUUGGGGGAUUGUCUCUUCCUCUCUUGACAAAGUAAUUGCAUGUCCGUGGUUGGGUAAACCUGUGUAGUCCUGUCUUUCGGUGAAGUGCAAAAUAGCUUUUUUGAAGUCUGCAUUCAUGGCAAUUACAGUUGAUAUUUCAUUCCAUGUCUUACCGCUAUCUUCACACCACCUCUAAUUCAAACAAAGUCAAAUAAAAAUGUAAGCAUUCAAGUGAUAUGUACUUGUAUAAAUGGUGCAGCAGUAAUAAAAUGUAAGAAAUUGAUUGAAACUUCA